AUGGUGGUCAUCAUGCCCUGCCGCAAUCUGAUCCCCCACCAGGUGCUGUACGGCCCCACCCCCGCUGACGCCGCCGUCGACAUCGGCCUGAAGCUCGGCGGCGUGCUGGUCGAGGCGCGGCCCCCGCCGCGCCUGCAGCUGUCCGCGGGGCGGCCGGCGCGCAUCAGGGGGGACGGCUACCUGGGGGCCACCACCGCGGGCGCGCACAGCGUGGUGCCGGGGCAGCGGGUCGGCGACAUACUGGCAGAGCUUCACGACGCGAGCGGCAACCUGUGUCUGCAGCGUGUCGAGGCGGAGGUCACGUUUGACCCUGAAGAUGCGGUGGAAGUCGAACGGAUGCCCACGCGCGGCAAGGGCGUCGGCGCGCCCUCGCCCUUGGCGCUCGAAUUCGUGAAUGGCCAGCUGCGGGUGGCGAACCGGUUCACGGUGUCGGGCAGGCCGGGCCAGGGCUUUGUGAUGAUGAUUUCCGCCAAGCUGGCGGACUCUGACGGGAGCGGGAGGGCUCUGGCCCCGCUGGUGACUCACUUCAGGAUUCAGCGCAUGCACCUGGCGCUCAACCACGCGACGCUACUGCCACUGGCAAACUGCGGCAGGAUGGAAGGCCCGGAUGGCAUUGACACGUUUGUCCUCAACACAUGGGAGCAGCCGCAGCAUCACGGCAGAAACUACUCGGCCCUGGAGGGCGUGCCCAGGUUGCUGCUCGAGGCGUUUGAGUCGAGGGAUGACGUCAUCCGCGGCGUGGUUCAGGCCUGCUACGUGCGGCCCACUGGGGAGGUGCUGCGCGAGGGGAAGAUGCCCAAGCAGCUGCUGCUCGACGCCAUCAACAGGCACAUGGAUCAGCCGCCCAUGGUCAACGAUGUGUACGAGGCCGGCUUUGUCAUCGACCCCAGCAAGGCCAAGCACCUGAGCGACCUCGAGAUUACGAUCUGCAACGAGGAGGACAUGCACGACCCCGACUUUUGCGCGCCGGUCAAGCUGCUUCGCGAUGGCGAGCCCGUCGCCGCCGGGUCCCUCGGCAUCCGCGGCGGCAAGAUGUCUCUGCCGCGCCUCGCGCUGCCGCCGGCGUGGUUUGGGCCCCACAACGCGGCGUGCGUCGAGUUUGACCUGCGGGACGCGCGCCACGAGGAUUUCUCAUACGGAAAGUUCUGGGUCCGCCACCGCCGCGCGGCGGCGCGCCUCGCGAUCCUGCCGGCCGGCCGGCUCUUCGAGGGCACGCGCGUGGUCGUGCCGAGCGGCGCCGGCGGCGCCGCGCCCGAGGCGCUGCGGCUGCUGCAGCAGGCCGGCGGCGUCCGCGCCGGCGCGGGGCCGGCGUGGGCGGCGUGGCGAGUGGAGGGGCGGGACAGGCCGGUGUACCUGCACCCGCGCACGGCCGCCGUCUCACCGCGGGGUUCCCCUGCCCGCUGA